CCGAAUUCCAGAAGCCCUUUCCACGCACGAAAAACGAUGCACACUCUGCAGAUAAAUCACAAAGGAAAUUAGUGACCUGCGGGUAUACUGUAAGCCGUCCAAUGGAUUUGGUGUACGCAGUGGAAAAGGGCUGAAAUAGACCAAUACCUAUAGACUGCUGAUCCGUCAAGCUCUUUGUUAUACUGAUUUGAAUUGGAGAAAAACAAGGUAUCAUAAAUACACCCUUUGGGGGACGUUAGUUUUCAUACACUCAUAAGCUCACAGACGGUGCAGGAGAUUUAGCGAAUCCUCUGGAAUUCUGACUGCGACACAACCGUCACGUUGUCCACAAUCUCGAGGAAUUGAUUGCGAAUAAUGUUCCGAUUCUGCAAUAAAAACCGCCAGGGUGGUUGGUGCGGUGGUUAUCGCGCCAGAAGUCGUGGCUGUCCCUUCAUGAGGUCGACACUAGCUGGAGGUUCUUAUGGAACCGGAUGCCCGUUUAUUGGGCGCAUGAAGGGUUCCGGGCCUGGGUCUGGUUGCCCUUUCAUGGGAAAGAUGCAAGGUGGGGGCAGUGGGGCCGGUUGUCCUUUCAUUGGGCAAGGUGGUAGUGGAACCGGAUGCCCGUUCAUUGGGCGCAUGAAAGGUUCCGGUUGUGGGUCCGGCUGCCCCUUUAUGGGACAAAUGCAAGGUUGUGAUAAUGGGACCGGUUGUCCUUUCAUUGGGGGCAUGACAGGUUCUGGGUUUGGAUCUGGUUGCCCAUUCAUGGGACAGAUGCAAGGUGGGGGCAGUGGGACUGGUUGUCCUUUCUUUGGGGCCAUGAAAGGUUCCGGGUCCGGGUCUGGUUGCCCAUUCAUGGGAAAGAUGCAAGUUGGGGGCAGUGGGACCAGUUUUCCUUUCCUCGGCCACAUGAAAGGUUCCGGGUCGGGAUCUAGUUGCCCAUUCAUGGGACAAAUGCAAGGUGGGGGCAGUGGGACCCAUUGUCCCUUUUUGGGGGGCAUGAAAGGUUCCGGGGCUGAAUCUGGUUGCCCUUUCAUGGGACAUGUGAAAGAUGGUGGCAGCGGGGACGGCUGCCCUUUCAUUGAGCGCAUGAAAGGUUCCGGGGCUGAAUCUCGUUGCCCGUUCAUGGGACAUGUGAAAGAUGGUGGUAGCGGGGACGGCUGCCCUUUCAUUGAGCGCAUGAAAGGUUCCGGGGCUGAAUCUCGUUGCCCGUUCAUGGGACAUGUGAAAGAUGGUGGUAGCGGGGACGGUUGCCCUUUCCUUGGGCGCAUGAAAGGUUCCGGGACUGAAUCUGGUUGCCCGUUCAUGGGACAUGUGAAAGAUGGUGGAAGCGGGGACGGUUGCCCUUUCCUUGGGCGUAUGAAAGGUUCCGGCUCCGGAACCGAUUGGCCAAUUUUUGGAGGUACCAGCUGGGGACGAUUCUUCGAACAUCUUGCAAGCACGUCGCAGUGCAACUGGAUUAAAAGCAAAGAGAAUGGCUUCCAAGUUACCACGAGCGUCAAGCACUACUCACUGGACGAGCUUGAAGUCAAAGUGUGGGGGGACAAAGUGAUUGUUAGUGGAAAACAUGAGGCUAGUUCCGGCGAAUCCGGCGAAAGUAGCUCCGGCUCUCGCCGGGACCGUGAGUUCACCCGGACCUACACGCUGCAAGAGGACAUGGAUCCGGACACUGUUACCUCGUCCCUGACGGGCAAGGUGCUCACCAUUACGGUCAAGAAGAGACUUCCUGAGGGUGAACCUCGUGUGGUCGACAUCGAGGAUGGUGGAGACGGUUCGGACUAGGCUAGACUAGUUCGGAUUAGGCCUAGUCCGGACUAGGCUGUUUGUCUGAGAGCGAAAGAUUUGAGGACAGAAGCUAAUUAGUACACACUUUGAAUUUUCAAUCAAUUAAUUUUUCAUAAAGAUGUCUGGUACAGUGCCCGUGUUAGGGUUGAACGAAAAUCAAGAUUCUAAAUGCAUUACAGAAAAUCUGUUUGAGAGCGAAAUUUUAUUAUUUCAAAACAGAAACUCACUUAAGAAAGAAGAAGAAGUCUGGGGUGAAUUUCCCAAAGAGUUUAGACGUAGUCUUAUCUCGAGUCGGGACAAGUAGCUAUUUCUACCUUAGGACUGUCCUUAAGUUUUUAAUAACUCUUUUAGAGUCCUAUGACUAGUCUUAAGUUACGACAAGCCUUACGUUUUUAACAACUCACAAGAGAGUCAUAGAACUGAGUUAGGAUUAUCUUUGUGAAAUUGACCCCAGGGGGGAUUUCACAAGGAGUUAGGACUAGUCUUAUCUCAAGUUAGGACCAAUUA